CGAGAGAAAUAUUUUGGAUAAAAUUUUAAAAUCACUGAUAUUUGGUCUUCUUCAUUUACUUAAUUGACCACAAAAAGCAAUUAGAUAUGGUUUCAGUACAAGAAACACAAGAAGAAAAAAUGAGCAGCGAAACGCGAGCAAAUCAAGUUUUGUUGGGAGCUUCAGGAUUUGUUCUUUCAAUUAUUUUUAUUUUAUGGGGAAUGAUUGUGCUGGUUCGAUUCUGGGUUUUCACCAAAAUAUUUUACAGCCUCUUCAUUGUUUCGAUACUUGUCGUUGGAGUCAUUUUUAAUGUGUUUUCAAUAGUUAAUCUCUCAUUUUCUGAUGACUGCAGCACCGACAUCAUCAAACCUUUUGUAUUCCUGCCAGCUGUGUCAAUAUCAUGGAAUAUAAUUGGAAUACUCAUGUCGUUAUUUUCUGACAAAUUUUUCAAACAAUUUAGUGAUGUUCCAGUUGUAAUGUACACUGAUUCAUUUUAUGCUGGGGAGAACUACAAUGUUAGUACUGCUUUAGUGCAUCCAUUGGUUUAUAAAUUUAAAAGCCCAGGAAGUUCACUUUUCGACCACGAAUACCUCAUCCUUGGAAUUUUGUUCUUCAUUUUAAUUAUUCAGAUAAUCUUCUGGGCCUUUGCUUUCUUUUUCUAUAAGGAUGUUAAAAAGCAGGAGGAAAGAGUGGAAGCGCGCAAAGAAAUUAAAGCCUUGUAGCUAUUUUAUAUUAAAAAAAAAACUACUCAAGUCUGUUCAUAAGAUUUAUAAUUGCAGAUAAUAAAAUAUAAAAUUAUCACAGACAUGAUCGCAUCAGACCCUAUUUGCAAAAAGGCGAAGAAAGAUUAUUACAAACCAAUUUUCACAUGACAUGAAAGUGAACAAACACAAUUAAUUCUUAAUUUAAUUAUUUUAUUAUUUAAAAUCAUUUGGUAUUUUGAGAAAAUUAUCGCGAAUUUAUGAGGAACAAAAAGAAAUCUCCACAAUUUUUUUUCACUUUUUAUUUUCGAAAAUUUUAAAAAUAGAAUCAAAAGAAAGUUAUUUUUGUG